AUGAGUUUUUUUGGUAAUCUUAGUAAAAAAGCUGUUGAAAAAGUCUAUGAUCUUGCAUCAAAAGUUGAAGGUGGUAAUGAUUAUUUAAUAUCAGCUACAAAUACUGUCAAUACAUUAGUUAAAGGCACAGAUCCACGUGUGUAUUUAAAACAUGGUAAUAUAAUUCAAUUUAUUUCACGAACAUCUGGACGUUCAAUACAAAUUGUACUUUCAAGAACAAAUCAAUUAAUAUGUAAUGCUAUUGGUGGUACUGGUUCACAAUAUACAAAUGCUUGUUGGGUUGUUAUAUCAAAUCAAAAUGGUCAUUAUUAUUUUCAUAAUAAUAAUAAUUUUCUUGGUAUACAAUAUGGUCAAGUUGUUAUUAUACCAUCAUCAAUAAAUCAAUAUCCUCCUCGUGAAGCUGAAUUUCGUGUACAUGAUGUAUUAGGUUCAGCUCAUGCAAUUUAUUUAGAAUCUGUACGAACACCUGGAUAUUUUAUUGGUUUUAAUUGGAAUGGUGAACCUUGUCAACAAAUUAAAAUAGAAACAAGAGAAAAAUUUGCUCAAUUUGAAAUUCAUCCUAUUAGCCGUUGGUCUAAUACACAACCUGAACUUAUUAAUACAAGAGCUGAUACAUUUGAUCCAUCAGCACCUCCAUCAUAUUGGGAAGCAACAAAUGAAUUAAAUAAUCAAACUCGAACUGAUCAUCGAUCAAAUUAA